AUGUUUAAGUGUGAAUUUCCUGAUGAAGGAGUGGUUCCACCAAAUUUUGAUGAAGGAGUUGACUCUGAUGUUUUAAUUACUUAUCUUCGAGAUCUGGAUGGAUUUACCGGUUCGCAGAUAGAGAUUUGUCAUGAACCACCAAUGGAUGUAAACAAUCUAAUUCAAUUAGUAAAUCCAGUGGACACUAAUCUAGUACCUACAUCUCCGCAAGGACCACCUGCCAGAACAAAUUUAGAGGGUGUAUUUAAAUUCAAAGCAGAAAUAGACAGUACACAUACAAGGAAAAAAAAGUAUUUAUAUUCCCACCGUCUAAACCGCAUCUAUGUGGAUGUGAAUGUGAAUUUCUCAGUGGGCUUUACGUGGGAUGCAAGUCUCUUCCCUGGGGAGGCCUACAUUCGUGCUACAACUGUAUUCUCAGAUGUUACUCAAGCUGAGAAAAGAGUUGAAAGAUGUUACCAGCACUCACAUGAAACUGCAAAUUCUCCAGGAAAAUCCAGAGCUACAAUAAUGAAUGUUCUCCAUUCUGCUCGAGAGCAUGGUUCUCCUGAUGUCCAUUAUUGCGGUAACCCAGAACAACCUGAUUCUUGGUACUCAGUUCUUGUUCGGACACCUCGACCAACACAAUUGGCUUAUGUGUUCCUGUGCAAGAGUUCCUGUUCUUCGGGGAUUAAUAGACGCCCUAUAGAAAUCAUCUUCACACUUGAGGAUUUUAAGGGCGAAAUAUAUGGGCGUCAAGUUGUGGGUGCGCGUGUUUGCUCCUGUCCUCGCAGGGACAUAGACCGUGAUGAAUGCGUCGAAGGGCUACCCAAAAACAAGAGAUUAGCACCGCAACAGGAGACAAGGCCUAAGAAGGUUAAGACUGAGGCAGUUGAAAAAGAUGAUGGAGUUAUUAAAUUGCCAGCGAUUGGAGUUGUUGGUCGCAGAACAGCAAUUCUUGGCCUUGAAGUAAUGCUCAACAUGAUGGAAGAGAAAAGAGAAGGAUUAGUUGCUAAUAGACUAAGCACAGAUACAACAUCUGUGAUACAUAAUCUGGACAAAAGUAUUGCAAAUUUAAAAAAACAUAUUAACCAAUUAAAAGGGCAGCAACAAUAG